AUGAAUCAGUUAUCAUCCAUAAUUGACGAUUUAAUUGAAAAUGGUGAAAUUGAUUUAAUAUUACCAGUGAUUAAAGGUGGAAUUAAAAAUCAAAUUGAAGAAGUUUAUUUUCCUCAGUUAUGUUCAGUUAUUGAGAAUGUACCACAAUCACCGAGUGCAAAUGAUAUUCAACAUGUUAUUAACGCAUUUUUACAGUUUGAACUUUUAUUAAAUGAAACAAAUCAAAUCUAUAUUCCAGAGCAAUAUGUUGACAAAGAACAAUGUUUAAAUUUAAAACGCUAUAUUGAAAUAUUACCAUCAAAAAUAAAUCGUUUACAUACAAUUAAAAACAGCUUUUAUCAAAAAUUUAUUUGUUUAUUUGAAUAUUAUUUAGCAUGUUAUACAGCUAUUCAAUCAAAAACUAUUAUUUCAGAACUAAUUGGAAAUACACUGUGUUCAUUUUGUAAAAAGCAAAUUGGAUUAUGCACGUGUGAAACAUUUUACAGAAAUUUUGAAGCAGUUUUAAAUAUUUUAAAACGUUUAAAACUGUUGACGAAAGUGUGUCAAAUGUCAGCUAUUGAAGCUUGUCGUCAUCGUAUAUCAAAUUUUGUUCGUGAUACAUGUUCCAAAUAUAGUCCAAAUGAAUGUAUACCAGUAUUAGAACAAUGGUAUGAGAGUGGAGUACACUGUUGGCUUGAAAUAUUACAAGGCUAUUGUUAUGAUGAAUUAAGUCAAUCAUCACAAGAAUUAUUUGAUGAUCAUAAACGAUUAGAAUUAAAAAAUUAUAUUUUAGAAUGUUAUAUAAAAGCGAGAUCAAAACAUAUGUUUAUGAUUAUAAUUGAAUAUCCAGAAUCAUGUAAAGUAUUAAAAGAUUUAAAACAAUGUAUUAAACAAAUUGGACAUAGAUAUUUGAUAAUCGAUACAGUUAAAGAUGAAUUUAAUAAACGUUUGUUACAUCCAGGCGCUGGUACCACUGAUAUAUUAGCGGCAUUUAUUAAUGCCAUAAGGGUAUUACGUUAUUUGGAUUCGACAGGUGUAAUGAUGGAAUUAUCUUGUAACAAUGUUAAACAAUAUUUAGCACGACGUGAGGAUACAAUACGUGUUAUAGUAAGCAAUAUGAAUGAACAUGGAGUACUAGAAUUAGACGAAUUAACUGAAUCUGAUGGUCGUGCAACACAAAUGGAUAUGUAUGAUUGGGAACCAGAGCCAAUCGAAGCAUUAAAUGCUCCUGAUCGUGCAUUACGUACACCACAUUCUCGAGAUAUGAUGUCGAUGCUUGUAUCAAUUUAUGGUCAUCCAGAAUUAUUUGUUGAAGAAUAUGUUCACAUGUUAGCUGAUAGACUAUUAAGCGGUGUCAAAGUUGAUAUAACUCAUGAAGGACGGUAUGUUGAUUUAUUGAAAAAUCGUUUUGGUGAUGCUGGUCUACAAGGUUGUGAUGUUAUGCUAAAAGAUUAUAUCGAUUCGGAAACAAUUAAUGGCUCAAUUAGAAAAAAUUUAUCAGAAAAGUUUUCAUUGGAAUUGCCAAUAAAUGCAUUAAUAAUCUCAAGUCAAUAUUGGCCAGAAGUUAAAUUUAGUCCAAUUGAAUUACCAGACGAAUUAAUGGCAAUACAAAAAGCAUACACAACUGCAUACGGAUCCAUAAGAUCAAGAAGAACAUUACACUGGAGUCAUAAUUACGGUCAAGUUAAGAUUGAAAUUGAAAUUGGUGGUAAGACACUUGACUUCACAGUAACACCGUUUCAUGCUGCAAUUAUCUACAAAUUUCAAGAUAAAGAUGUAUGGACAAUUUCAGAUUUAAGUUCAUCAUUGAAAUGUUCAACAGCUUGCAUCCGAAAACGAAUUAACUUAUGGCAGAAUUGUGGAUUGUUAAAAGAAGAAUCAAAAGAUACUUAUCGACUUGUGGAAGAUUCAUCAAAAGUUGCUCAAAAUUCUCAACAUACUCAAAAUGAAAUGGUAAUAACAAAAUGUGGUGAUGAUGAAAAUGAUACAGCAGAAAAUCAAGCUGAUUUAGAUAAAAAAGAACAUGAACAAACAAUUAUUUGUAAUUUUAUAUUUGGUAUGUUGCGUACAAUGACAUCAUUGACAUUGGAACGAAUCUGCUCUUUAUUAUCAAUUUAUGCAUUUCAUGGAAAAAAUGAAAAGACACUGAUUGAAGUACGAAAUAUAUUAGAUCAAAAAGUGACAGCAAAUCAAUUACAAUAUAAAAAUGGACUUUAUACAUUACCGUCGUCGAAUCAAGAAUAA